AUGUUGGUCAAAAGCCUCCAGGCGGGCGAACACGUGAGUCACAUUGACCAAACCUUCCAGACACUCAGGAGGUAUAACAUGAAGUUGAAUCCCCUCAAGUGCACUUUCGGAGUGGCAUCGGGCCAGUUCUUGGGAUACAUUGUAAAUCAGAGAGGAAUUGAGGCAAACCCUGCAAAGGUGGCGGCUAUAAUAGAAAUGAGUUCACCUCAGAAACCAAAGGAGGUCCAAAGUCUCAAUGGCCGGAUAGCCGCCCUCAGCCGCUUCAUCUCCAGAGCCACUGAUAAAAGCUUACCUUUCUUCAAAAAACACCUAGGUGAAUCGCCCCUCCUAUCGAAACCCCAUCCGGAUGAAUCUCUGUUGCUGUAUCUAGCAGUGUCAGAUGUGGCAGUCAGCGCGGUCCUAACCAGGGAAGAAAAUGAGCGUCAAUUGCCGGUAUAUUACAUCAGCAAAGCACUUCUCCCAGCUGAAACACGCUACUCCGACAUGGAAAAACUGGCACUCGCACUUAUUACAGCUUCGAGAAAGCUGAGGCCAUAUUUCCAAGCUCACUCAAUACAAAUCCUCACCAAUUUCCCCUUAAGGCAAGUAAUGCAGAAGACGGACGUGUCGGGACGCCUACUGAAAUGGGCUAUCGAGCUCAGCGAGUUCGAUCUCACAUUCCGACCUAGACACGCUAUCAAGGGCCAGGCCCUUGCCGAUUUCAUGGUCGAAUUUACCAAAGCCCCAGAGAUGGAGGCCCUGAUGGAGCCAGCCGAGCCCCCCGCAUGGAAAUUGUUUGUAGAUGGGUCUUCAGGAGAGGCAGGCGCAGGGCGGGAAUCGUACUGGAAAGCCCGGAAGGUCAGGAAGCUUCUGGCAAGCAGUGAUUCUCAGCUCGUAGUAAAUCAGGUGAAUGGGGAUUUCGCGGCCAAAGAUGAUAACAUGCGCGCAUACUUGAAGCUGGUUCUGGACAUAAUUCCCCAUUUCGAAAAGUUCAAACUGACUCAAGUCCCCCGUCUAGAGAAUGCCCAUGCAGAUGCCCUCUCAAAGUUGGCCAGCAGCGUGAACUCAAAGCUUUUGAAUAUCGUCCCCAUUGAGCACUUAUCAAAGCCCUCCACCUUCGAGGGUGAAGAGUUACUAUGGAUAGAAGGCACCCCAUUGUGGAUGCAGCCCAUAAUUGCAUAUCUAAAAGAGCAAACGCUGCCUGCUUCCAGAAGUGAAGCAAGGAAGUUAAGAAGAAGGGCUGCACACUUCGUCCUUCAAGAAGGAACCCUUUACAAGAGGGGCUUUGCCUCUCCCCUUCUUCGAUGUGUAGGCGGCGAAGAGGCCACCUACGUACUCAGAGAAAUACAUGAAGGGAUCUGCGGAAAUCACUCAGGAGGGAUGGCUCUGGCACACAAGAAAUGUGACAAAUGCCAGCGCUUCUCGAACGUACAAAGACAGCCUGCACAGAGCCUCUCUAUAGUGACCAGCCCUUGGCCAUUCGCCAAGUGGGGCAUCGACUUCGUUGGUCCGCUACCAAAGGGUAGGGGAAGCGCAACUUUUGCCAUUGUCGCCAUCGACUACUUCACUAAGUGGGUCGAGGCAGAACCCCUUGCCCGAAUCACCGAGGCCAACACUACGAAGUUCGUUUGGAAGAACGUCAUUUACAGGUUCGGCAUCCCUCACUCCAUUGUCUCUGAUAAUGGGUGGCAGUUUGACAACAGGAAGAUGCGAGAGUUAUGCGAUGAACUAGGCAUAAAGAAAGACUUCUCGACUCCACAUCACCCUCAGGCAAAUGGACAGGUCGAAGCAGUGAACAAGACUAUCAAGUACACCCUGAAAAGGAAACUGGAUGCCUCAAAAGGCGCUUGGGUUGACGAAUUCCCCCACGUCCUCUGGGCCAUCAGAACAACUUGCCGGACCGCAACGGGCGAGACCCCAUUCUCAAUGACCUACGGAGCCGAAGCGAUGAGUCCGGUCGAGGUCGGUGUCCCAUCACAUCGGCGGAUACAUUUCACUGAGAUCAGCAACGAUGAGGCGCGCAUAAGUGAACUACACCUCGAGGAAAAGAGAGACGCUUCCCAAAUGACCUUAGCGAAAUAUCAUCGUAAGAUGACCCACUUUUACAACUCCAAGGUCAGAAACAGGACUCUCCGCUUGGGCGACCUCGUUCUCAAAAGAGUGUUCCAAUCUUCGAAACCAACCGGGUCAGGAGUUUUUAGCCCGAACUGGGAAGGCCCGUACCGCAUUCAGGGAGAAUCCCGACCUGGUACUUUCGAGGUCGAAGAUAUGUCAGGAAGGGUGUUACCUCACAAGUGGAACAUCGAGCACUUGAGAAAAUACUAUCAUUCCAAACCGGAUCAGCCAGGGAAUGGUUUCCUCAGUUCUUCGAAAGGUUCAUUUGAGCGAUUCGAUCGUCACUUAUUAGCUGAACAAACGUUUCCUCGCGUUUUCCCAAUUGAUCUGGCCUCAGAUUAUUAA